GUUUGUGUGUCCUCCUUACUUUGUGGUCUAUGAUUAAUCACAUUCACCGGGUGGUUCAUCGCGAUCCUUCAGUCAUUCCGUGUGUAUCCUGUGUAUCCUGUGUAUCGUGACGUUGGGUGUGAGAUAUCGCCAUGUCCGGGAGCGACUUAAUGUGGGCGGUCAAGAACGGCGAUCUGGACAAAGUGCGGGAAUUGGUGGAAGUCAAGCAUUUGGAUGUGAAUGAGUCGAUCGAUGGGCGUUGCCCGAUUCAUUUCGCGUCGGAUUACGGCCAAUUGGAGGUGUUGCAGUAUUUGGUGUCCCGCGGGGCUCAACUCGACAUUCGGGACAAGCACGGUAUCGCCCCCAUUUUGGCCGCCAUUUGGGAAGGACACGCCCCCUGUGUCAAGUUUUUGCUCGAAAAGGGUUGCUCUAAGAACGGAUCAACACCGGACGGUCAAUCAUACUUGGAAGCCGCCGAGUCUUCCGAGAUAAAAUCCAUGCUGAAAUGAGACCCGUCUCAACCCCCGUUCCCCACAUACACAUAAAACACAUUUAAAAUGUGAUGUCUUGUCCUUCCCCCUGCGACUGGUCACAAUCGUCAUCUUAUUGUUCAGUUUUUUUCCUUUUGUUAAUCUUCACGAAAGUAGACCAACACGUAUAUCAGUAAAUGAAUGUGAUAAAAUUGGCGGGAAAUGAGAUGACGAAUUGAUGCGGCCACGAGUUUCGCGCGCAGAGUUCGGAUAUGCUUAUAUGUAACACUCUCGUUUUUGUACCCACUUCGGAAUAAUAAGAAUGAAACAACAA